AUGAGUGAAGGUUUGUUGUAUUCGAACUUCAGAAUUAGAAGUUUGGUUCCCCGUGCUUUGGUAUGGAUUUUGAAACUUGACGUUGAGAUUCAAGAUCCAUACCAGGUGGAUGAGAAAUUCACCAAGGACUUCCCCCUAAGAAAGCUGCCAUCUUUCCUCGGUCCUCAUGGUUACAAGUUGACAGAGCAGAUGGCCAUUAACAACUAUCUGAUCAAAUUAUCCAAGGAUGAAAAAAUUAAGGCUCAAUUGCUAGGUGCUGAAGACGAUAUCAAGACUCAAUCUCAAAUUUUGAGAUGGGAAUCUUUGGCAAACAGUGACUUGAUCGCUACAAUGGUCAAGGUGUUUGGUCCCCUAAAAGGCGACGCACCUUACAUCAAAAAGAAUGUGGAUGAUGCUUCUAACUUCUUGGAAGAAAUCGUUGGCAUUUACGAAGCCAGAUUGAGAGAUUACACCUAUUUAGCAAGUGAAUCGAUUUCUUUGGCAGAUUUGGUUAGUGCUGCUAUAUUCAUCAGAGGUUUCAACUUUAUCUUUGGUGAGCAAUGGAGAAAAGAACACCCAGCAAUUGUUCGUUGGUUCAAAACUGUUAUCGAAUCUCCAUUCUUGGCAGAGGAGACUAAGGACUUCAAAUUCAUCGAGAAGCCACUAGAACCACCUCAAGGUAAGAAGAAGGAACAACCAAAGCAACAAGCAAAGCAACAACCAGCCCAGAAAGCUCCUGCUGCUCAACAACCACCUCAAGAGAAGAAACCUAAGCACCCCUUGGAAUUAUUGGGUAAAUCAUCUUUCCCACUCGAAGAUUGGAAGAGAAAAUACAUGAAUGACGAUACCAGACCAACUGCUCUACCAUGGUUCUGGGAACAUUACAACCCAGAAGAAUGGUCUCUGUGGAAGGUUGAAUACAGAUACAAUGACGAAUUGACCUUAACUUUUAUGUCUAACAAUUUAAUCGGUGGUUUCUUCACCAGAUUAUUCGGAUCCGUUAAAUACAUGUUUGGUUCUAUGGUGGUCUACGGUGAAAACAACGACAACGGUAUUGUUGGUGCCAUUAUGAUCAGAGGUCAAGAUUAUGUCAAGGCCUUUGACGUUGCACCAGACUGGGAAUCUUAUAAGUUUACUCAAUUGGAUGCAACCAAGCCUGAAGACAAAGCCUUCGUCGAAGACAUGUGGGCUUGGGAUAAGCCAGUUAUUGUUAACGGUAAACCAAGAGAAAUUGUUGACGGUAAAGUCUUGAAAUGA